GGCGGGGCCGCGGGCGAGGCGGGAGCGGGGCGCCCCCUGGCGGAGAGCGCUGAGGGAAGGGGUGACACCGUGCCGCCACCAUGGGCUCUGUGCGUUCCCUGCCCUCCUCCAGCGCUGCCCCGAGCCGGAGGAAGGCUGAGCAUGAGGAGGAUGAGGAUGUAUUGGUUGGCCAGGAACCCGUGGAGGACGUGGCCAAGAUUCCCUACAUGGAAUUCACUGGCCGGGACAGCAUCACCUGUCCCACCUGCCAGGGCAUCGGCUGCAUCCCCACAGAGCAGGUGAAUGAGUUAGUGGCUCUGAUCCCUUACAGCGACCAAAGGCUUCGUCCUCAGAGAACGAAAUUCUAUGUCCUGCUCUCAGUGCUGCUCUGCCUGCUGCUAUCCGGCCUGGGGGUUUUCUUCCUCUUCCCCCACUCUGUGCUGGUGGACGAUGGUGGCAUCAAAGUGGUCCAGGUGUGGUUUGACAGGAAAAACUCCGCUGUCCUCCUGGCCAUUACGGCCACCCUGAGGAUCAGGAAUUCCAACUUCUACUCGGUGUCGGUGAGCAGCCUGAGCAGCCAGGUGCAGUACAUGAACACUGUGGUGGGCAGCCAGCAGCUCACCAACGUCUCCAGCAUCCAGCCCCUGAGGGACAAACUGGUGAAUUUCACCGUGAAGGCAGAGCUGGGUGGAUCCCUGUCCUAUGUGUAUUUUUUCUGCACUUUGCCCAAGGUGAAGGUCCACAACAUCGUGAUCCUCAUGAGGACCUCGGUGAAGCUGUCCUACAUCGGCCGCAGCGCCCAGAGCUCCCUGGAGACCUUCCACUACCUGGACUGCAGCUCCAACUCCACGGCCCCGCUGCCCGCCGCGGCCCGGGCGGCGCCCUGAGGGCUCCCGGGAGCACCGGGACGUGAGUGGCUCUGCGGGGACACACCCGGCAGCUCCGGGGCCUUUGGGUGCUCCUUCCCCUCCUUUUUGAUGAGGAAUCUGGAACUUUCCCUCCUGGAUUAAGGGCUGAAAUCCCAGAGGUUUUCAGUGCUUUGCACCUGUUCUGGAAGCUUGGAACCGUCAGGGUGUUUUGGGGUAAAUGAGUUUGAUUUUUGAGAGUAAAUGUAUUUAUUAUUUU